AUGACUUGUCAUUUCACUCUUUUUUCUAGUGCCAUUAAAGUAUUUACACUCACGGCACUUGCUAUAACACAUACCAAUGCCGCUCCCGCUCCAAUGGGAUACGGUGAUGUGUUUAGUAAAAAUCAAGCAGUAGCCACUACGACCUUGACACUUACUACUACAAGUUCAUCCAAAACAACUUCAGUUUUAUCUUAUGCGUUACCCACUGGUCCAAGCAAGAAUCCUUCUCCACUUUUCUCAUUGGUUUCUGAACUAUCAAGCAAGGUUCCAAUUAUUCUUCCUGAUGUUUAUGGCCAAACCAAAACAUUUGCAAUUUCAACGAGCGAAUCUGUAUCUACAAGCUCAAGUAGCACUUUGCCUACCCAAUCGAGCGAACCUCCUUUAUCGGGUGUUCCGGCUUCCACCAACACUGCCGGACUACCUUCUCAACAACAAAGUGGAAACGCGCCACCAUCAGCCGGGCAGUCUCCUCAGCCACAAGCAACCGCUCCCUUACCAGCUGGACAGUCUCCUCAGCCACAGGCAACCGCUCCUCCACCUAGUAAUAAUACUCCCCAAGAAACAGUACCUGCUGCCGGGACAUACGAAACUACGUCAAACCCUAACCCGUUGAUCCGUGGUAAGAAGAGACUAAAGUGUCGUCGCAUUAUGGUUCGCAAACCCUGCAAGAUAACUACUAUUCCACCGACUCCCCCACCAACUCCUAGUAUUCCAGUUCCAGAACUACCACCAUAUGUUCCAGCACCCCCGGAAAAUCCUCAACCACCACCCAAACCAACUCCUAGUAUUCCAGUUCCAGAACUACCACCAUAUGUUCCGGCACCCCCGGAAAAUCCUCAACCACCACCCAAACCAACUCCUAGUAUUCCAGUUCCAGAAUUACCACCAUAUGUUCCAGCACCCCCGGAAAAUCCUCAACCACCACCCAAACCAACUCCUAGCAUUCCAGUUCCAGAAAUUCCGCAAGUUCCGCAAGUUCCAGAAGUCCCACAAGUUCCAGAAAUUCCUUGCGAACCGACUCCCCCACCAACUCCUAGUAUUCCAGUUCCAGAACUACCACCAUAUGUUCCAGCACCCCCGGAAAAUCCUCAACCACCACCCAAACCAACUCCUAGUAUUCCAGUUCCAGAACUACCACCAUAUGUUCCAGCACCCCCGGAAAAUCCUCAACCACCACCCAAACCAACUCCUAGUAUUCCAGUUCCAGAAAUUCCGCAAGUUCCGCAAGCUCCAGAAGUUCCUUGCGAGCCGGCUCCACCACAACCCCCUACUCCUCAAGUUCCGAACGUUCCUCAAGUUCCGAACGCUCCUCAAGUUCCGAACGUUCCAAAGCAGGGAACUACAACUCGCCCAGUGUUUAUUCCUGGCCAAACUCCACUUCCAACCACUACCCCGAAUGUACCUCAGAAACCAAUGGAAUACCCUCAACCACCACCCAAACCGGUUCCUAGUAUUCCAGUUCCACAAGUUCCUAGUACCCCGUCUGAGCCAACUCCUUGCGAACCGAUUCCUAGUAUUCCGGUUCCAAAUGUCCCGGCUUCUCCAGAAAAUCCCCAGCCACCACCCAAACCGGUUCCUAGUAUUACAGUUCCACAAGUACCUCAAGUACCUCAGAAACCAAUGGAAUAUCCCCAACCACCACCCAAACCGGUUCCUAGUGUUCCAGUUACACAAGUUCCUAGUACCCCGUCUGAGCCAACUCCUUGCGAACCGAUUCCUAGUAUUCCGGUUCCAAAUGUCCCGGCUUCUCCAGAAAAUCCUCAACCACCACCCAAACCGGUUCCUAGUAUUACAGUUCCACAAGUACCACAAGUACCUCAGAAACCAAUGGAAUAUCCUCAACCACCACCCAAACCGGUUCCUAGUGUUCCAGUUACACAAGUACCUCAAGUACCACAAGUACCUCAGAAACCAAUGGAAUAUCCCCAACCACCACCCAAACCGGUUCCUAGUGUUCCAGUUCCACAAGUACCACAAGUACCUCAGAAACCAAUGGAAUAUCCUCAACCACCACCCAAACCGGUUCCUAGUGUUCCAGUUACACAAGUACCUCAAGUACCACAAGUACCUCAGAAACCAAUGGAAUAUCCUCAACCACCACCCAAACCGGUUCCUAGUGUUCCAGUUACACAAGUACCUCAAGUACCACAAGUACCUCAGAAACCAAUGGAAUAUCCUCAACCACCACCCAAACCGGUUCCUAGUGUUCCAGUUACACAAGUACCUCAAGUACCACAAGUACCUCAGAAACCAAUGGAAUAUCCCCAACCACCACCCAAACCGGUUCCUAGUGUUCCAGUUACACAAGUACCUCAAGUACCUCAGAAACCAAUGGAAUAUCCUCAACCACCACCCAAGCCGGUUCCUAGUGUUCCAGUUACACAAGUACCUCAGAAACCAAUGGAAUAUCCUCAACCACCACCCAAACCGGUUCCUAGUAUUCCAGCUCCACAAGUUUCUACCCCUACCGCAACUAUUACAGACCCAAGUGAAGUGACCUGUACUGAGGAAAUAUUUACCUAUACGAUCACAAUGGUUAGCGGAACAUCUUCUGUGUUUGUGACUUCGCAAACUCCUUUAGCAACCGCUACUUCAUCUGUGUCGGUAUCCGGAUCCAGCAGUACAAUCGCUAGUAGUGAGACGCGUCCAAGUAGCUUGACCCAAACUUUGGCUGUUUCAUCUACUGCUACUGUUACAGCAACCAUUACCGAAAGCCCAUCCACCACCACUACAACAACCACUACUAAGAAACCAUCCACCACCAUCAAGAAAAAACCGGUAAUCGUUUCCAGGAAAAGAUCAGCAACCGUUGUCAAGAGAAAACCGGUAACCACUACCAAGAAACCAUCCGCCAUCACUACAACAACCACUACUGUUAAACCAUCCGCCACCACUACAACAACCACUACUGAAGUAAAGUCUUUUACCGCAACUAUUACUGACCCAAGUGAAGUGACCUGUACUGAGGAAAUAUUUACCUAUACGAUCACAAUGGUUAGCGGAACUUCUUCUGUGUUUGUGACUUCGCAAACUCCUUUAGCAACCGCUACUUCAUCUGUGUCGGUAUCCGGAUCCAGCAGUACAAUCGCUAGUAGUGAGACGCGUCCAAGUAGCUUGACCCAAACUUUGGCUGUUUCAUCUACUGCUACUGUUACAGCAGCCAUUACCGAAAGCCCAUCCACCACCACUAAAACCACUACUACUGAGAAACCAUCCACCACUACAACAACCACCGUGAAACCAUCCACCACCACUACUACAACUACUACUGAGAAACCAUCCACCACCACUACUACAACCACUACUGAGAAAUCAUCAUCUACCACUACUACAACCACCGUGAAACCAUCCACCACUACAACAACCACCGUGAAACCAUCCACCACCACUACUACAACUACUACUGUGAAACCAUCCACCACCACUACUACAACCACUACUGAGAAAUCAUCAUCUACCACUACUACAACCACUACUGAGAAAUCAUCAUCUACCACAAAGAACUAG